UUCCAACAUUCAAAAGCAAUUGAAGUGGAUUAACAUUAGUAACGAUUUUAUACAAAAAUGAAGGUUUUCGUAGUGGUUUUAGCAUCUUUAUCAGCUGUUAGUGCUGGUGGUGGCUAUUUGCCUGGUGGUAGACAUGGCGGUGGUGGUUUUGGUGGCCAUUCAUCUGGCAGUUUUGCAGGAGCUGUAAGCAGUGCUCAUAGUGGUGGUUUUGGUGGCUCUGUAUCCAGACAUGCUACUGCAGGUCAUGGUUCAUUUGCUGUACCAGCAGUUUCCUAUGGAGGAGUUGGUGGUCAUGGCGGUGGUUUAGGUGGUUUUGGAGGCGGCUUAGGAGGUGGUUUUGGUGGCGGUCACUCUGGUGACAUUUGUACUUCAAGUGUCUCCCAAAUGUCUAAAAACACUGGUUGA